UUUGAAUCUAGGAGCAAAGAUGGUCUCCAACAAUCAACUCUUUCACCUCUUUUUGUUUCUUUGUUUUUUCCAGAUUAUUUGUUUGCAUGCCCAACUCUGCACUCAACAACAGACCUCUGCAUUGCUCCAAUUUAAGCAACAAUUUUCCUUCCAUAAAUCUGCUUCCAAUGUCUGUGAUUAUGUCUGUGAUUAUGUCUCUGAUUACUUCUGUGAGUUUGUCGGAAUCCGUUCUCACCCGAAGAUGAAGUCGUGGAAGGAGGGUUCUGAUUGUUGCUCAUGGGAUGGGGUCGAGUGUGACAACAACACAAGUCAAGUAAUUGGCCUCGACCUCAGUUGCAGCUGGCUCAACGGCACCAUCCACCCCAAUAGCAGCAUCUUCUACUACUUUCCUCACCUCCAAAGCCUCAACCUUGCUUUCAAUUACUUCGGUAUGUCUCCAAUCUCAUCUGAAUUUAGUCGAUUCACCAGACUGACACACCUCAACAUCUCUGGCUCUGGUUUUUCUGGCAAAGUCCCUAUAGAAGUCUCCUUUCUGAGCAAAUUGGUCUCGCUUGAUCUCUCUUCCAAUGAUGGUUUGAGGUUGGAAGAACCUGGAUUUGAAUUACUUGUUCAAAACUUAACCAAGGUAAGAGAACUUAAUCUUGCGAAUGUAGACAUAUCUUCAGUGGUUUCCAAUUCCUUGCUCAAUCUGACUUCUUUAACACUUCUCGAUCUUAGUUUGUGUGGAUUGCUUGGAAAAUUUCCUGACGGAAUAUUCCAUUUACCACAUCUGAAUAACCUGCGUAUAUUCUAUAAUCUUGCUCUCACUGGUUAUUUUCCCGAGUUUAUAAACUCGAACAGUCCUCUCCAGUACUUGGACCUUUCAUCCACCAAUUUCUCUGGAGAACUACCGGACUCAAUUGGGAAUUUGACUUCUUUAACACAUCUCGAUCUUAGUUGGUGUGGAUUUCUUGGAAAAUUUCCUGACGGAAUAUUCCAUUUGCCACAUCUGAAUGAGCUGCUUAUAAGGGAGAAUCUUGCUCUCACUGGUUAUUUUCCCGAGUUUAUAAACUCGAGCAGUCCUCUCCAGUACUUGGACCUUUCAUUCACCAGUUUCUCUGGAGAACUACCGGACUCAAUUGGGAAUUUGAAGUCCUUGAAAUUGUUGUUUGCCUCUUAUUGUAAAUUUUAUGGAUCCAUCCCUGCGUCGCUCAGAAACCUUACGGCAAUGACUGAUUUAGACAUCGGAUAUAACAAUUUCACUGGCAUGCUCCCGUCUUCACUUUCAAACCUUGGAAAUCUCGUCUACUUGCGAGUUUCAGGUAAUAAUUUUGAAGGUACAAUUUCGGAUUUUUUACCCAGCAGUAAAAGUCUUCUUUCUUUACAUGUUGGUUCAAAUAACUUCAGCGGUCCAUUCCCAUCAUUGGUUUCAAACCUAACAUCACUGGUUAAUUUAGAUUUGUCGCAUAAUCAGCUAAGAGGACCUCUUCCAUCACAAAUAAUUGGAUUUCCAAAUCUAACGUUGUUAAGUUUAGAUGAUAACUUAAUCAAUGGUACAAUUCCAUCUUGGGUCUUCCGCUUACCAGCAUUGAAGCAAUUAAGCAUCCAUAAUAACAAAUUGACUGGGCAUGUAAAAGAGUUCAAAUCCACUUAUUUAGCUGAUGUUGAUUUGAGCAAUAACAACCUACAUGGUAGGUUUCCAAGUUCAACCUUCAAACUUGUGCACCUUAGUAGUCUUAUUCUUUCAUCAAAUAACUUCAGUGGUAAGCUAGACAUGCUCUGUCAUGCAAUUUCCCUUCAAAUUCUUGUCCUGUCUAAUAAUAGCUUCAAUGGUGCUAUUCCACAAUGUUUAGGAAAUUUCAGCAUAGGUUUCUCUGUGCUCGACUUGGGGAAGAAUAAUUUUUCUGGCACCAUCCCUAAUACAUUUGUAAAGGGAAACUACUUUGAUACUAUCAACCUUAAUGGAAAUGGAUUUGAGGGGGCAGUACCAAAAUCUUUAGUCAAUUGCAAAAGUCUACUGGUGCUAGAUCUUGGACGUAACAAGUUCUCUGACAAAUUUCCAUAUUGGUUGGAAAAACUACAAUGGUUGCAAGUUCUAAUACUGAGAUCUAACAAAUUCCAUGGACCCAUGCCAACUUCCAAAGCCAAAUUUCCCUUCCUUAAUUUGCGAGUUAUGGAUUUGUCAGACAAUUAUUUUACUGGUCCAUUGCCAGAAAAAUAUUUCAAGAAUCUUAAUGCUAUAAUGAAUGUCGACGAAGCCAAUUUUAAAUUGCAAUACUUAAGCGGUCCUGGCACAUAUUACUAUCGUUUGACUAUAGUAAUCAAAGGAUCAACCAUAGAAAUGGAAAAAGUCCUAACCAUUUUCACUGCAAUUGAUUUAUCGAAAAACAAAUUCGAAGGUCAGAUUCCACAGAUCAUUGGAAAGUUAAAUUCAAUCCGAGGGCUCAACUUGUCACACAAUAGGCUUACAGGUUAUAUACCAACAUCUCUUGCUAAUUUGACAACGCUCGAAUGGUUAGACCUCUCUUCCAACAAACUCAAUGGGGAGAUACCUCAACAACUAAGGAAUUUGAAAUCCCUUGAAGUCUUAAACCUUUCGCAGAAUCAACUAAUAGGACCAAUACCACAAGGCAACCAAUUUGAUACAUUUUUAAAUGGUUCCUACACUGACAACUUGGCAUUAUGUGGACCUCCAUUGUCAAAUGCAUGCAAUCCAAGUACACCACAAUCACCACCCUUGAUGUUUCAACAAGAAGACAAUACUUCAAGUGGAUUCAACUGGGAAGUCAUAUUAUCGGGUUAUAUAUGUGGGCUGGUGUGGGGACUUGUUAUGGGAUAUCUUAUGUUCUCUAGAGGAAAACCUCAAUGGCUUGUGAGGAUCAUUGAAGGUGAACGAAACGAAAGAAGAAAGAGAUUUAAAAAGCAUGCUCACAGGAACGGAGGAAGGUGAAAUUAGCCAAUGCAAGUGGUGUCUUUUGUUGUGGUGCAUUUCAAUUUGAUCUAAGCGGUGUAGCUUUUGGAGCCAUGGCGAAUUUUGGUCAAGCUGAUGCAUUACACAAUCCUAGGAAGUUGCAGAUACAAUGUCAAAGGUUAGAAUAUAUAUAUAUAUAUA